UGGACUUGGGCUGCCACCCAAUAAUUGUAGCGUGCACAAAACGCACUCAAUCGUCCUACCUCUUCCCGACAGAGAUCAAAACGCAACCAGACAGACGGACACUGACUUCUUCAUCUGCUCCUCCUCCUCUCUACGUUUGACGGGAGCUUUCGGAGGUUGAUAACCGGUGUUCAAAUCUGUACUCACUCAAUAUGGAUUUUUAUGGAUAUGGGUAUCAUGGGACAUCGUUUGAGCAGACAUAUCGAUGUUAUCCUGCAUCUUUCAUUGAAAAGCCACAAAUUGAAAGUGGUGAUAAAAUUAUAAUGCCUCCCUCAGCCCUUGACCGUCUUGCAUCUUUACACAUUGAUUAUCCAAUGUUGUUUGAGCUUCGAAAUGAAUCCGCUGAACGGGUCUCUCAUUGUGGGGUGCUGGAGUUCAUUGCAGAAGAAGGCAUGAUCUAUAUGCCUUAUUGGAUGAUGGAGAAUAUGCUCUUGCAAGAAGGUGAUGUUGUGCGAGUGAAAAAUGCAACUCUUCCGAAGGGAACAUAUGUUAAAUUACAACCCCAUACAAAGGACUUUCUAGAUAUCUCAAAUCCAAAAGCUAUCUUGGAGACAACGCUGAGGAAUUUUUCUUGCUUAACCACUGGGGACAGUAUUAUGGUAGCAUACAACAAUAAGAAGUACUAUAUAGAUAUUAUAGAUGCGAAGCCUUCUCAUGCAAUAACUAUUAUUGAGACAGACUGUGAGGUAGACUUUGCACCUCCGCUUGACUAUAAGGAACCUGAAAGGCCAGCCGCAUCUGGCCGUCUAAAUAAGGCAACUGCUCAAGUUGAAGAGGAUCCUGCUGAGGCUGAACCUAAAUUUAACCCUUUUACCGGAUCUGGAAGACGCUUGGAUGGGAAACCUUUGAAAUAUGAGCCAGCACCAGCUUCUUCCUCAGGGUCCAACGACAAGAAACCUGCAGUCACCAAUGGAAAUGCACAACCUUCUAUGGGAUCUAGUUCACAGGCUACCAGUCGUCAGGCUCAGGGAAAACUUGUUUUUGGAGCAAAUGCCAGUCGCACUCCAAAGGAAACACAAAAGGAAGCUGCAAAAGAGACUAAGAAAGAGCAGCAGCCGGAAGCGAAAGAAGAGCCGAAGUUCCAGCCGUUUACUGGGAAAAAGUACUCGCUGAGGGGUUGAUUGGAUCGGAUUAUCAAACCAUGUGUUGGUUUUAACUUAUGUUGUCCCACAACAUCUGACCUUAUCAGCGUCGGGUUGGGUGAAUAUAACAAAAUUAUGUGCUGGUCUCAGAUGUUGUACCGUUGGAUAAAACAGUAGGUUUUGUCAAAACUGAGGAUAAAAGUACAGUUUUAGUUUGUGCAGCAUUUGGAUUUUUUA